CGAUACAAACGAGAGAGAGAGAAAACCAGUACACAACAUCCAAAUUUCUCGGCGAUUUCUCCAAUCUCUCUCUUAAUUUAUACUCGCAGCUUUUCUCUCUCAGACUCUCUCUCUCUCUCACACACACACACGCACUUUCUCUCUCUAUUCGUCUCAAGGUUGUUUAAUCCUCGGCGAUGGCACAAGUGGCGGCGACGCGGCUGAUUCAAUGCUCAUUUGCGUCGAAUCCUGGCUCUGGAUCUCUGCAGAGCCGUUCCGAGAAGCUGAUGCCUAGUCAUGGCUUCGCGGCUAAGGUUUUGGCUCGAGUUGAGAAGAGGAGCCGCCGCCUCGGAGCUGUGCAUGUCACCGCUCCGAUCACGGCUAGGAGAUCUGCGCGUGUCGAGCCUGAAGUGCUUCCGGUGUCUCCUGAAGACGUGCCCAAGGCUGGAGAUCAAACUCAGUAUUUGCAGGGGGUAACGCAACUUGGCGACGCAUCUGUGGGUGUGUGGUCUAAGCCUACAGUGAGACGCAAGACAAAGAUCGUUUGCACAAUCGGCCCAUCGACCAACACAAGGGAGAUGAUAUGGAAGCUGGCAGAGGCUGGAAUGAACGUUGCACGUAUGAAUAUGUCCCAUGGAGACCAUGCGUCACAUCAGAAAGUCAUUGAUUUGGUUAAGGAAUAUAAUGCCCAAGCGAAAGACAAUGUUAUUGCCAUCAUGCUAGACACCAAGGGUCCUGAGGUUAGGAGUGGCGAUUUACCUCAACCAAUUAUAUUGGAACCUGGUCAGGAAUUUACUUUUACAAUUCGAAGAGGAGUUGGAACAGCAAACUGUGUUAGUGUUAACUAUGAUGAUUUUGUUAAUGAUGUCGAAGAUGGAGACAUGCUUCUUGUUGAUGGUGGUAUGAUGUCAUUUCUCGUAAAGUCGAAAACUGAAGAUUCAGUGAAAUGUGAAGUUGUUGAUGGAGGAGAGCUUAAAUCUCGGAGGCAUCUUAAUGUUCGAGGCAAAAGCGCCACACUUCCAUCCAUUACUGAAAAGGACUGGGACGACAUCAAAUUUGGAGUGGAUAACGAAGUUGACUUUUAUGCUGUUUCUUUUGUCAAGGAUGCUGCUGUGGUCCACGAACUAAAGAACUACCUGAAAGAUGCUGGUGCAGACAUUCAUGUCAUUGUGAAAAUUGAAAGCGCAGAUUCCAUACCAAAUUUGCAUUCGAUCAUAACUGCAUCUGACGGGGCAAUGGUUGCAAGAGGGGAUCUUGGUGCAGAAUUACCAGUUGAAGAAGUUCCUCUAUUGCAGGAAGAAAUUAUCAGGAUAUGUCGAAGUAUGGGAAAAGCAGUGAUAGUGGCUACAAAUAUGCUUGAAAGCAUGAUUGUGCAUCCCACUCCCACACGAGCAGAGGUAUCGGAUAUUGCUAUUGCUGUUAGAGAAGGUUCAGAUGCUGUUAUGCUUUCAGGAGAAACUGCCCAUGGGAAGUUUCCUCUAAAAGCUGUCAAGGUCAUGCACACAGUCGCUUUGCGAACUGAAGCUACUAUAGUUGGUGCAGAAACUCCUUCAAAUUUGGGCCAGGCCUUCAAGAACCACAUGAGCGAAAUGUUUGCAUUCCAUGCAACAAUGAUGUCUAACACACUUGGAACUUCAAUUGUUGUGUUCACUAGAACCGGAUUCAUGGCCAUUCUACUGAGCCAUUACCGACCAUCUGGAACAAUUUUUGCUUUCACAAAUGAGAAGAGGGUACAGCAGAGAUUAGCAUUGUACCAGGGGAUUUGCCCCAUUUACAUGGAGUUCUCAGCUGAUGCUGAUGAGACAUUCGCCAAUGCAUGUGGUUUGUUACAGAAGCAAGGAAUGGUGAAAGAAGGCGAACAGGUUGCUCUUGUCCAAAGCGGAAGACAACCUAUUUGGCGGUUCCAAUCCACUCAUAAUAUUCAGGUCAGGAAAAUAUAGAAGAGUUUUCAAGAUCCAAGGCCCCCCCUCAACCUUACAACGGUUGCCAAUUGUUGGUUGCUACUGCCUUAGUCGUUGAUUUGUGUCGAUUAAUCUACGUGGAGUAACUUGCAUGAUUUACUAUUCAGCAUGUCCUUUCCUUUCGGGUUUUUUUUGGAACCGUUUUCAUGUGAUUUUUGUCCUUGGUUUAAAUGUAACUUUUUCUCGUUGAUUUGUAGUAAACUUGCUAUAAUUUGAAUGAAAGCACUGGAGAGUGGUGGAAACUUUUUUUCCAGAAA